AGACGCUGUAUUUGUUUUGAUGUUUCAUCCAUUUGUCAAUUAAUUAUUACUUGACAUACAAAAAUCUACAUCUGACUUGUCGGAGUAUUGUCUACAUUGGCGCUUCAAUGGAGGCAAGCGAUGGCAGCGUGUCGCACCGAAUGAAGGAGGAACCUGACUGGAACAGUGAAGGGGAACACAUACUAGAAAUAAAGUUGGAAGAGACUUUGGUGGAACAGAGAGCAUGCCCUUGCAGCGAUGCGGCGCGGAGCCCUGCGAGUGACGACCCUCUAGCGGCAGGGCUAGCUUACGAAGAUUCAAACCUGUCCUCAGCCACGCAGCAGACUAAACGGGACACUAUACACAAAUUAGACGAGACUCACACGGGCGAUAAUGGCGACCGACAAACCGACAACGACGAAGACUACAACUGUGACACCUGCGGCAAAACAUUCGAACAAAAACAUGAUCUAAUUCAGCACAUUAAAAAAGCCGACACUGAAUGUAUACCUAUAGAAAACUAUACAUAUUCGGAAAUCAAACAACAAAAACAACCUACGGGAAAUAAGGCAUUUUGGUGCGAAAUAUGCGAGAAACAAUUUCGAGAUUCCAGCGACAUAGCGCGGCAUAGACGAAUCCACACUGGUGAGAAACCGUACGCGUGCGAUGUAUGCAAAAAACAAUUUGCACAGCUAAGUGUUUUGAACAGACAUAAACGAAUACAUACGAAUGAAAAACCCUUUCAGUGUGACGAUUGUGAGAGGCAGUUUAGGACUUCAAGUGACUUAGGUAAGCAUAGAAGAAUCCAUGUGGGUGCAAAAAAAUUUAACUGCGAUUUUUGUAAAAAAGAAUUUUGGGAUGUGAAAAGUUUGGCUAUCCAUAGACGUUUGCAUGAGAGCAAAAUGCCAUACUCCUGCGAAGUAUGUAAGAAACAGUUUGCAGUGUUGAAAUAUUUAAAGAAACAUGAGAAACGAAUUCAUAGUUGACGGGUAAACUAAAGCACUAAAGGAAUGUGUAUAAGCUAGCCCACUGUACCGCACGGUUACGUAAAGUAUAAUUUCACACAUUUAACUUGAUGCGCUGCAGUGGGAUGCCGCCAUUAAGUUAUUAACAUUACUUUUCCCAUCACCUAUUCGAAAAAGGGCUUUGUCUUACCUGCUUGGAGGGGGUAAAAGUGACACUUUUCUGUUCUAAGAGAGUAGUACAAAAUUAUUGCCACCAUGGGCGUUACCAUUUGAAUCCCUCACUACGCUUAGGAUUCAAAAAAUUGAAUAGAAUCGGGCGUUACUUUGCGGAAAUCCAUAUUAAUUAAUACAAAAAUAUUACUUUGCUAAUCCGCGAAAAGCAAACGCAGGUCUUUUCGCGGAUUACUUACUUACUGCUGUGGCGCAACAACCCGAAGUGGAUCUUGGCCUCCGACACCAAAGACCGCCAUGCUACUCUAUCCAGUCGACGGCGCCAAGUUCGCUGAAAUAUUGGCACACGUCAAGAGGAUGGAAGACUCCGCAAGAACCAGGAGAUUGAUCUGGUGUCCGAGCCAAACAUCAUUGGAGAAACGAAAGCCGCCAGACUCCGAUGGCUCGGGCACGUAGUCCGGAUGGGGGAAGAUCGCGCAGUCUGGAGGGCGUUCUGGAGUACCAAGUGGCCGAAGACCGUCUGGACGCCCUAGGUACCGCUUGAGAUACGAAGUUUUCGCGGAUUAGCAAAGUCAUAUUUCUGUAUUGCUUUGGAUUCUAUUUUAGAAUAAAAUCCUUCGGUCAAUCAGGAUUCAAUAGACGCCCACGCCGCAUAUAUGUUACUUUGCUCCCUUGUGACACAAUCUACUAUUUCAAUUAAUGUAUUUAGUAAUAGUAUAAAAAAUAUCUGAUUUGACUUUGGUCCAUAAUUCCGAAUUAAAUUAGAUCUAAAUUAAUUUAUUACAAAAAAAUAUUUGUAUGGGGUGAGUUUUACUUUUUGUCGAAUUAUGUAACAAAUCGAUGUGUGACAUUAUAGAUUGUACCGUCCAAAAUAAAUGUUUUUUUUUUUAAUUCUUUUAACUAAAUAUAAAACUCUCAGAUAAAAAAAAUAUGUAUUCAAUUCUGAUAUUUUUAAAAUACAUGUUAUAUUAAAUAUUACAGUGGUAUUAUUUCAGGUACCUCGAAAUAUUUCUUAUUGAAUCAAAGGAUCAUAUGUGACGUUUUCAACCAAAAGGUACCACAUUGUCGCUUGUCGAUAAGGUUGAUUUCAAAUUGAAGCUAUAUGGAAAUAGCGCUUUAUUGACAACCGACAAUAAGUCGUCAAAUUGUAAAUAAUAUUUCUUUAAACACACAC